UAACACUUAACAUUACUACAUUAGUUAUAGCUUACAUAGUUAUUGUCCGGCUUUUGAAAAUAGACCGUGUUCGUUUAAAAUUUAUUUUGUAUAUCGUCAAUUCCCAAAUCAUAAUUCGCUCUUUUUCUCAUCGUUGUCUGUGUUUCAUAAAUUUAUAUAGACAUUAUCGUGUACUUUACAAUAAUAAUUUCUUGUUAAUAUUAAUCUGAUCGUUGGUAUUCAUUAUUCAGUAUGGAUGUCGCAGAAACUCAGACAGGAGUCAAUAGGGUACGCGAUCAGUUGAAAGUCAGAUCGCAAAAACUAUUUCAAGAUUUCUUAGAAGAAUUUGUCGAAGAAGGUUCUAAUGAACCUAAAUACUUAGAAUCUGCUAUUGAGAUGACAAAUUCUGAACGUUAUACAUUAGAGGUUAGUUUCCUUGAUGUUGAAAAAUUCAAUCAGAAUCUUGCUAUCACCAUUCUUGAAGAAUAUUACAGAGUUUAUCCAGCUCUGUGCUUAGCUGUUGGAAAUUUUGUAAUCGAUCGGACUGAAGCUACAGGAAACCACCAAGAUUUUUUUGUGAGCUUUGUAGAUGUUACCACUAGGUUUAAUGUAAGAGAAUUAACAACUUCCAAAAUUGGUGAGUUGGUGCGUAUUUCUGGACAAGUUAUUAGAACACAUCCUAUUCAUCCAGAACUAGUAGCUGGACAUUUCACUUGUCAGGACUGCCAGACAGAUGUUCCCAAUGUUGAACAACAAUUCAAAUAUACGCAGCCAACUAUAUGCCGAAAUCCAGUUUGUGCUAAUAGAAGGAGAUUCAGUUUAAAUGUUAAUAAAUCUCGAUUUGUUGAUUUUCAAAAGAUUAGAGUACAAGAAUGUCAAUCAGAGCUUCCUCGAGGGAGCAUUCCACGAAGUCUUGAAAUUAUCCUGAGAAAUGAAAAUGUUGAAACAGUGCAAGCGGGCGAUAGAUAUGAUUUUACUGGUACAUUGAUUGUGGUCCCAGAUGUAAGUGUUAUGUCCACACCUUCUGCCAGAGCUGAAUCUGCUUCUGGGCAAAAACGAGGAGAUGCAAAUAAUGAAGGUGUCAAAGGAUUAAAAUGUUUAGGAAUCAGGGAUUUGAAUUACAAGUUAGCAUUUUUGGCGUGCAGCUUAUCUGUAACAGGUUCAAGGUUUGGUGGAAGUGGAGAAAUACACAAUGAUGAAUUGACUGUUGACUCAAUUGAACGUAUGAAGAGACAAAUGACUGGGCCACAAUGGGAAAAAAUAUAUGAAAUGAACCAUGACCGUAAUUUAUACCAGAAUCUAAUAAAUAGUUUUUUCCCUUCAAUCCAUGGAAAUGAUCAAAUUAAAAAAGGUGUUUUAUUAAUGCUUUUUGGUGGAGUUCCAAAAACAACAUUAGAAGGCACUACCCUUCGUGGAGAUAUUAAUUGUUGUAUAGUUGGUGAUCCUAGUACCGCCAAGUCUCAAUUACUGAAACAAGUGGCUGAUAUGUGUCCUCGUGCUGUUUAUACUUCUGGGAAAGCUUCUAGUGCUGCUGGUCUUACAGCUGCUGUUGUUAGGGAUGAAGAAUCUUUUGAUUUUGUUAUUGAAGCUGGAGCACUUAUGUUAGCUGAUAAUGGAGUGUGUUGUAUUGAUGAAUUUGAUAAAAUGGAUCCACGUGAUCAAGUAGCUAUUCAUGAAGCUAUGGAACAACAGACCAUUUCAAUAGCAAAAGCUGGUGUUAGAGCAACAUUAAAUGCUAGAACAUCAAUAUUAGCAGCGGCAAAUCCUAUUAACGGCCGGUACGAUAGAAGUAAAUCUUUACAACAAAAUGUAUCUCUCUCAGCUCCAAUCAUGUCUCGUUUUGAUUUAUUCUAUGUUCUUAUUGAUGAAUGUAGUGAGGUUGUUGAUUAUGCUAUCGCAAAGACAAUUGUUGAAAUCCACAGUAAUAUGGAAGAUACAACUGAAACAUUAUAUAGUCAAGAAGAUAUUUUAACAUACAUUGGUUUUGCUCGUCAAUUUAAACCCCAACUCACAGUCGAAGCUUCAGAAAAAUUAGUUAAUGCAUAUACUCAAUUAAGACAGCGUGAUAGUCAAUCAAGUACAAAAUCAACAUGGCGUAUAACAGUAAGACAAUUAGAGUCAUUAAUUCGUCUAUCUGAAGCAAUGGCUAAAAUGGAAUGUUCAGAUCAUGUAAUGCCUAAACACGUGUCUGAAGCUUUCAAUUUACUUAAUAAGUCUAUAAUCCGGGUAGAACAACCCGAUGUCAAUCUAGACGACGACGGUGAUGAUCUAUUGAAUGGAAUACCUGAAACUACUGAUGGAAUGGAUGUUGAUUCUGUAGAAGAACCAGAAAAACAAGGAUUAACUAAAAAAAAAUUAACGCUUGCUUUUGACGAGUAUAAACGCAUUACCAACAUGCUUGUUGUUUAUAUGAGAAGUGAAGAAGAAAAACGAAUAGCUGAAAAAGGGGAGAGUGAAGAUGGUGGUUUAUUACGUAGUGGCAUUGUCAAUUGGUAUCUUGAACAAAUUGAAGAUCAAAUCAAUGACGAAUCUGAGUUGUUGGAAAAGAAAAGUUUCAUUGAAAAAGUAUUAGAUCGUUUAAUUUAUAAUGAUAAUGUAUUAAUUGCCUUAUCUCAACAAUCAAAAUCACAGUCCAGUGGUGUAGAACAAGAACAAGAUGUUUUAGAUGAAGAUCCUAUAUUAGUUGUACAUCCUAAUUUUGUGACAGACCUUUAAUACAUUUUAUUGUAAUUGUAAUUUUUUUUAUUGCCCAACAUCUUAGUAUUCAUUUAAAAUUAUUUUUCAAAUUAUGUAU